UUUUCCGUCGCAAAUUGGAUAUCAUGAAACGACAUGAGUUUCUGUGGGAGCCUUACACAGCAACUGUUAUGUCGAUGUUACCUCCCAUUUGUUUGGUUGGCAGUAUGGCGUGGUGCGCAGUGGUGCCACUCAUUUGUUUUCAUGUUGUAGAGUGGCACCAACCGGAUAGAGUGUUGCGACAAUUUGGAAUGCAACAACCUAUUCCGGAGUCUCCUUCGCAACCAUGGAAUGUCCACGGGCUAACACUGAAAGGCAAAAUGGAUGAAAAUUGGUUCCAGCUGUUGGCCCCAUUUAUCAGUCAGUGGAAUAAUCGAGCUGAGUUUAGGGUCGACGUUUAUGCUCGACAAGAGGGCCUAUUGAGUUUUAACUCGGAUUACAUGGUGUGGUAUAGGCGCAAAACAAAAAUGUUUAUCGACCCAAACAAUGCAAACACGGCUACAUUGGGUGAAGUUACCGAGACAUUGCAGUAUAUGGUGUCACCACAAGGGCGAAACACAUGGACAGUUGAUGAUCUCGUGCCAUAUGUGGAAAAGUUAGCGAUUUUAUCCCAAGAGCAAGAGAGGAUCACUGAGCCUGUGGCACAUGGUCCAUCAUCAGAGCGUCGAUUUCCCCCACAACAGUUUCACAUGCUUCAGUCAAGUGUUGAAACUCGAGGUUUUGACAGACGAAGGGAGAUUGUUCAAGCGGAAGAUUUUUCCCAACAUAUGGAGCAGCGUGGCCAUGGAAUGUAUUACACGCCACCAACAUUUGCUCAGUAUCCUUCGCAGAUGUAUCAGUAUCCUUCGCAGAUGUAUCAGUAUCCUUUCGAAGGCCAUGACACUGAUAUGUCUGCAAGCGAACAUUUGUUUGGUGGUGUUGCGGAAACACAGCCUCAUUUUUCAUGGCCGACCAUGACCCAUUCGCAGCAACAUGAUGCCCCAAUGGCAACACCUAAUGCCCCAUUAGGUCAGCAAUGGGAUGUACCCGGAGCAAUCCCUGUUAUGGGUGACUUAUUAGGUGUUGAUUUGCGUCACGAGUUUUCUGCAGAGGCUGAGGAACAAGGGCGGAGACAGCGCGCAAGAAGAAAUCCGGAUCGUCAAGCCCGAAGGUGGGAUCGACCAUGUGGCACAUCCUCGCGCCAUCACGGACACCAUGAUGACUGAUUUUGAUGUCUCUAUUUCAAAUUUGUUUUGUAUGUUUGUAAUUUGAAUUUCAGACUUAAUUUAUGGUAUCUCAUUGUACUUGUUAUGGAAUUGCGUUUUUUA